CUUUCUUGUCGGUGGGAGGCGUGUAUUUGUUUCAAAGUGCAUAAAGUAGUCAUUUUUGGCUGCUGUUGCUGAUUCCGAAUUGUCCCUGCUGAGAAGUUUUUGCGCACUUCAGUCUUCGAGCUCGAAGAAAACCAGCGUACAAAAAAUGCCAGGAGAAAGACAGUCCAUCCGAGAUAACUCUGCUGUCGGCCGUUUCCACGGUGUCUCUGUGAGCAACAGAACUGUCUCAGAGAAGCAGGCAGAGGGUCAAGAGAAGAAAAAUGAGAAUGGAUGUCGCCGUUGGUUGCGGAAGGCUUGUCCAUGUUGCUUCCGACGACAGAGUAGCUCGUAUGAUUUCACCAAUGAAACGGGUGGUUCGGCUGAUGGGGCAGGAGAGGACAAUGCUCCUGCAUCUCCACUACCUCUCACUGCUGAUACAGAGCUGAAUGAGUUUUCUCUAACAGUGCGUUCUGUGGAUCUGCUUAACGGGAAGUCUGAUCGGAACAGGAAGGAACAUCACACAGACCAGUAUCACAGCGACCAGCUCAUCAUCCGCAGAGGCCAAACUUUCCAAAUAGAGCUUGAACUUUCACGACCUUUCAACGCAAACACAGAUAAACUUCACCUGGAACUGCAGACAGGGCCGCUCCCACUGGUGUCAAAGGGCACGCACAUCAUCAUACCUUUAGUGGAGGAACUUCAGGAUAAAAGCUGGGAGGCCAAGAUUGUGGAGCAAAACAUAAACCGAGUCAAGCUGUCGAUUAACUCUCACGCCACGGCGGUUAUCGGAAAGUACAAGCUGAUCAUCACAACGCAGAGUCUGAAGACCGGGGAGAGAAGCACACAUGACCCUAACAAGGAUAUUUACAUGCUCUUCAAUCCCUGGUGUGAAGAGGACACAGUAUAUAUGGAGGGUGAGAAAGAGUUGAAGGAGUAUGUUUUAAAUGACACUGGACGAGUCUACUAUGGCACUGAGAUGCAGAUCGGAGCUCGAACAUGGAACUUUGGGCAGUUUGAUGAAGGUAUUCUGGAAGCCUGUCUGUUUGUGCUGGAUAACAGUGAGGUUCCUCCCUCAGGUAGAGGAGAUCCCAUCAGUGUGGUCCGAGUCAUUUCUGCCAUGAUAAAUUCUCCAGAUGACCGUGGUGUUCUGGAGGGAAACUGGUCGGGGAAUUAUGCGGGAGGAACUCCUCCCACAGCCUGGAGUGGUAGUGUGGAAAUCCUCAAAAAAUACCACCAGGAGGGCGGAGCGCCGGUCAAAUACGGCCAGUGCUGGGUGUUCUCUGCGAUCACCACCACAGUUCUGAGAUGUUUAGGUAUUCCUGCCCGUUCUGUCACAAAUUUCCAGUCCGCCCAUGAUACCGAUGUCUCCUUGACAACGGAUGUUUACUUUGAUGAGAAUAUGGAACCGAUACCUCACCUCAACUCUGACUCUGUGUGGAACUUCCAUGUUUGGAAUGAUUGCUGGAUGGCUCGUCCGGAUUUGCCUCCUGGAAUGGGUGGCUGGCAGGCCGUUGAUUCCACCCCUCAGGAAACCAGUCAUGGAACAUUCCGCUGUGGUCCAGCUUCACUGGCCGCUAUACGCUCUGGACAGGUCUAUCUCAAAUACGACGCACCUUUUGUAUUUGCUGAGGUGAACAGUGAUAAGAUCUACUGGCAGAGGAACCUCGAUGGCAGCUUCAGUCAGAUCCACAGCGAGAAGAAAGCUGUGGGACAUUGCAUCAGCACCAAAGCUGUAGGCUCUGAUCAGCGUGAAGAUAUCACACACAUUUACAAAUACCCUGAAGGCUCGGAGGAGGAGCGUAUCGCCGUGGAGACUGCCUGUCGCUAUGGCAGUAAACCUGACAUGUACUCCAGUCCCAUUGCUGAAGAUGUUCAUGUGGAGGUGAAGAUGGAUGGAGAAGGUCCACGCAUGGGAGGAGACGCAAAGCUGAAGAUUGUCGUGAAGAACCUGAGCUCACAGCCGCGCAGAACCACACUCAAUAGCCAGGUGGCAGUCAUGUACUACACUGGUGUGUUGAAGGACACAGUGAAGAAGGACAAGCUUCCUGUUGAGCUAAUGCCAAAUGAAGAAAAGAUUAUUGAAUGGAUCCUGCCGUACAAUCAGUACCAGAACCAGCUGGUGGACCAGGCUGCGCUCAUGCUGACCCUGUCUGGUCGGGUCAAUGAAACCCAGCAGGUUUUGGCCAAUCAGACAAGCUUUAGACUCCGGACACCUGAUCUCAACAUUGAGCCUAUUGGAGAGGCUUAUGUGGGCAAAGAGAUGUCAGCGAAGAUCACGUUCACGAAUCCUCUGCCGUGUACUCUCCGUAACGUGGUGGUGCGAGUGGAAGGACUGGGGCUGAGAGACCUCCAUCCCAUCAGAGUGGGGGAUGUGGCAAAGCAUGCUAACGUGACAGUGACUGAACACUUUAUUCCGACGAUAGCAGGCACAAGGAAGCUGGUGGCAUCUCUAGAUUGCAAGCAGCUCACGCAGGUGCACGGUGUGGUCGACAUCACCGUUCAAAAAAGCCAGUAAAUUUAGUUUAUCAGCACUGUUAUGAACUGUAUGUAACUUCACAGUAUUAUGUCUGUAUCAUCAGAUUCUGUUUUACUAUGUAUUUUUCACUGUAUUAUCCAUUCUUAUGUGGUUUACACCGAGCCUAGGCUGCGGUUACUUUAAAUGUGGAAAUGUAAAAGAAAUAACCCUUCCCAUAUAAUUUUUAAUGAUUUUGUAUUAUUAUUAUUAAAUUAGGAAAGAAAGCUAAAUAGAAGCAUUCUCAAUGGUGGUCCCAGACUUUUGGAACCCAUUCUAUGUUUUUAUCAUGACAAAUCAACAAGUUUUUAUUUUGACACAUUGUUUAGAUAAUGUUUGUGUUAAACAUACUGUAGAAUUGCAUUGCUUUGCAUAUUAACAUCUUGCGAAUUCUAGUUUUUAAACAUGUCCUGGUUCAGUUUAGAGCAUUAACUGUAGUAAAGAACAAAUGUUUUUAUUUGUUUUUGAACCACUGAUAAAACUAAGGUAUUACCUUUAUUGGAGUAUUAUCAUUUUAUAUAUAUUUUUAACUGUAAAUGUAACAUUUGUGUGAAUGAUUAUGAAAAAAAAAGAGUAUUUUUCUGUUGCCAAACACAUAUUUAUACAUGUAAUUUGCUUAAUAAUGUUACUGCCUUAUUUUGCAUACUGUUCAAAGUUAAACAGUGAUUAUUAGAUUCAGACAUUCUUUAAUGUGCCUUAAAGGAAUAUUCUGGGUUCAAUACAAGUUAAGCUCAAUGGACAACAUUUGUGGCAUAAUGUUAAUCACCCAAAAAAUUUACUUAGACUCAUCCAUCCUUUUCUAUUAAAAAAAAAAAAAAAAAAAAAAAAAAAAAAGAAGCAAAAA